AUGGCGAACUCUUCCCCCAUUUAUAUCUUAGGGCUUGGAAGCAUUGGAUGUUUUAUCGCCCACUCUCUUCGUUCUCUGCCUGAUAUACCCCCCAUUACACUCCUUCUCCAUCGAGAAUCUCUGCGUCGCGAAUUCAUCUCCACUGGACAGAAAAUAAGUUUGCAGGUCGGGGAAGAUGGAGACGUGGACGAACAAUCCGACUUCAAUGUUGAGGUAUUGGGGAGCGAUACGACACCCACAUCGCCAAUUCGUUGUCUUAUUGUCACAGUUAAGGCCUCGAUGACAGUAGACGCUAUCAGACCUAUCAAAGGACGGCUCGGGCCAGAUUCCGUUAUUUGUCUAUUCCAGAAUGGCUUGGGCCAAGUGGAAGAAUUGAAUCAGCAGCUAUUUCCCAACCCCGCCACACGACCAACGUAUAUGUUUGGGAUCGUUCGACACGGAGUCUACUUAAAAGCGGCUUUCCAAGCGGUAUUGGCUGGUCGCAAUGGCUGUGUCUCCGUGGGCUUUGUAGAUACAGAUAGCUUAACCAUAUCCCAACCGAGAAAUCGCUUUCUAGUCGAUACUCUGCUCCGGUCAACAACUCUCAAUUGUGAAGAAUUGGACUGGACCAGACUUUUCCGAGAUCAACUAUUCAAGCUGGCAGCAAAUUGUGUCCUCAAUCCUCUCACAGCCCUACUCGAUGUCCGAAACGGCGUCAUCGCAGAUAUGCCACAGGUCAGACCAUUAAUAACCCGUCUCCUGGAGGAGAUUUCAACGGUGUUUGGUCGGCUGCCAGAGAUCCAGAGUCUUUCGGCUCAUGAUCCCUCAUGCUUCUCCCCGGCGUCCUUGGAGGCCGUUGUGAUGGACACAAUCAGAAAGACCGCGGGUAACUCCAGCAGCAUGCGGGAGGAUGUCCGUAAAGGGAGAUUGACGGAGAUCGAGUAUAUCAAUGGCUGGAUAAUCAAGCGCGGGAGGGAACUGGGGGUGGAAUGUGUGACUAAUCUUUCUUUGACUGAACUGAUUCUGGCUAAGAGUAGUAUGUCUCAUUAG